AUGCCUGUGCUUCUUGAUACUACAACCUCAUAUCUGGAAGAAAGAAUGAUUGGCAGUUUAGAAACAGUGCCUGGCGGAUAUAUUUCUUCCUUCUAUUCUUAUUCCUCCACUCCAUACUAUCAAGAAUACAGAUCCGAUUCGAAGGAUGUGGUUGCGUCUGUGAGCUAUUUGGUUCCAAUAUACAAUGAAGAAAUGCCUCUGAUGGCCAUUAUCUAUAAUGAUGGCAAGAGGAGAGUUCUCCAGAAGAAUGGAAAUGUUCCUCCCUCCUUGCUUAAGGAUGUUAUUGAUGAUGGUCACAACUGCGACUUAGAGAGGAUAAAGAAGCUCUUUUUCGAUUUCACAAGUACUGGAUAUGAAGGAUUGGACACCAGUAUUCCAGUGUAUGAUACCAACCGGGAUCAUCUACCUGAAGAUGUUCCCAAUGAUAAGGAUGCAGUGGAUGAUGGAGCAAUUGAUGAAGUUACCUCGAAUGCUAUUUCUGAUGAAGUCAAUCCAGACCUAUAUUCUAGUCGUGAUUCUGUAGAUCGUCGACCUGAAGAUUCUUUUAUUGAUAAGGAUGCAGUGGAUGAUGGAGCAAUUGAUGAAGUUACCUCGAAUGCUAUUUCUGAUGAAGUCAAUCCAGACCUAUAUUCUAGUCGUGAUUCUGUAGAUCGUCGACCUGAAGAUUCUUUCAUUGAUAAGGAUGCAGUGGAUGAUGGAGCAAUUGAUGAAGUUAUCUCGGAUGCGAUCUCGGAGGGUGCCAAUAGCAAGGAUGAGGGAAAUCAAGUCCAGAUUAUUAAGUCGAUUGCUGUGGAUGCUCGACCUGAAGAAAUGAUCAAGGAAGAGGAGGUACACGAAGUGAACAAGAAGCCAAUUGAUGUGUCUGAAGAUGACUUGGAUGAAUCGAAAGUGAAUGCUACUCAGAGUGAUCACCAAGAAAUAGACGAUAGUGGUGCAAUAGAUAGAACGAAUGCCAGUGCGCAACCUCAUCUUUACGUUUGAGGGACGAGGAAUAUCUGAUUUCAUGUAGAUUCCGGAAGCCAUUGUGUGUAUGUAAA